AAAGGCGCGCGGGUGUGAGCCGGCAGACUUCAGACGUUUCGGUCACAGCUGGCAGUUGGUAGACAGACUAGCAGUCUCUAUAAACCAGAAUCCACAGAAAUCUUCAAGAUGCUACCAAGACUCGUCUUUCUGGCGAUUUUCCUCGCCUCUUCUGUCCACAGCGCACCCCGUCAACCGUACUACUAUGGUCAGGCUCGCUCGAGACAAGGGUUCGGCGAUUCUAAUAGCCUGGAGCCAACGAUACCCAAGGAAAUAAAGCCAAACUUCUACGACCGUGCUGUGUUCCGCCAACCCCUGUCGGACAGAAUGGUAGAGCCCGGGCGCAGUACCACCUUCAUCUGCAAGGUGCGCGACAUGAACGGGAACUCUCUGGUUUGGGAGAAGGACGGACGAGUGCUGUUCGUGGACAACUACAGGGUGACCUGGAGCGGGAAGUUGCACGCCGCCAAGCGGCGCGGGGAAUAUCUGCUGCGGGUCUUCCACGUUAGCAAGGAGGAGGAGGGCAACUACACAUGCGUGGUCAACAGCGACCCCCCGCAAAGGUCUACAGGCCAGCUGAAGGUUGACGGAUUUCUGUGCCCCCGCCGGCUAAGUGGAAUGUUUGCGGACCCGAAGGACUGUUCGCGGUACUACGUGUGUAAGGACGGGCGGGUGAAGGGCGAGCGAGGGUACUGCCCGGACGGGCUGGUCUUCGAUGCCGGCAGGAAGGUCUGCGAUAAACCCGCCAUCGUUCCACGGCCAUGCGGGCUUAGUUAUCAUGGAGAAAAACCUGGGCCAAAAUCAGGAUGGUACCUGUGAACACCCACGGUGUCGGGGGAACGAGGGAGGAAAGAAAUUCACCCUGGAAACGAGAGCGUGGGCCCCUACCGCCGCCAUCUUUACAACAUUUAGAGACACGAACUGGUAUAUUUUGUACAAAACUGACGAAUAUAUUUCUGUCAUAAACGCCAAACCCUUGUCUUUUAGAUACAGGCAAAUAGUGUUGUAGGAUGCAAUAUUCCGUCAAAGGGAUAUUAUGAAUGUCCGUAUCAUUUCCAAAGUAAUUAUCUUUAUCAGUUAUUUGUCCUCCUUGGUUAUUUCAAAAGGUUACAAAGUUUUUAGUAUUACCGAUUGCUAUUUAAGUGUGGCACAACAUCAACAUAGAUUUUAGGUGUGGAAACCUUUUUCACAAGGAAACAAAUAAGAUGAUGCGCAUGUGUAGCGCAAUGCACAGUGGGUAAUAUGUCAAAGGUGAAGUACCAUUGCAUAACAAUGUUCAGAAGUGUUUUAUUUUAUGCAUUUUGCUGUGCAAGCGCAGUUGAAACACGAAUCACAUUAUAGAUCUAGUUGACGGCAGGGGCUCACAGCUCAGUAUGGUAAUAGUAUAUCUGUGUAUAGAGUGUCGUUCUUCCAAAGUUCUUUUAAUGUAAAUAGUUUAUACUACUUUCUAACUAGCUUUUUUUAUCAGUUAUAUUGAUAAGGUCAUAAGUUAUACUAUCAUUUUGUACGUGCAGAAACAGCCUUUUUUACGUAUACGUAGUAUUUAUUCGUAUUUAUGCUAUUCUAUAAACUUACUCCGAAGACCGUUGGUGCUAAAAAUAUAAAACGUUCUUGAUAUCAUUGUUAGUAUGUAUAGCAAUUUGCUAGUAUACCGAUAUUAUACCUUUUGUUGAACACCAAACCUUUGAUUUUGGCAACGAAUAAUAUACAUGUUAAUCGGACAUUGGGACAUCAAACAUGGGAACAUUUUUUGUACCAUAAAAGCCCAAUCCUAAUUUUAUAGUCUUGAAGAGAUAGCAUGCUUUGUUACGUGUCUUCAGUUCUAAUAGAAAAACAAAUUCGUAUAGCUUCAAAAAGAGAGAUUGGUAUUGUAUUGUAUUGUAUACGAAUCGGAUACAAAAUAAAGAAGUUACAAAUAUGAACA